AUGAUCGUUAUUGAUUGGCUUCAGACACGUGAAUUUGUUCGUGAAAAUUCUGAACGUUUUAUCUUAUAUUGUUUAUGUGGCUGCUUCAUUGGUGUUAGUAUUAUGUUGCUGAUGGUUAUUAUUAUUUUAUAUUUCGAACAACGGCUUAAAAUGAGAUCUGAUUAUCAAUCAUCGCCAACAAGCAGUGAAUACGAUGAUAAAAAAUGUUACAUGCCUGUUUAUCGUUAUAAUUGUCGAACUCAUGAUGAUUUUUAUCAGGUGUAA